CUAGUAUAAGAACCGUUUCGCUUGACAGUUAUAAAUCGUAAUGGCGGAUCAAAGUUGGACAAUAACAUAUAUUGGCUUGAAAUUACAGGUUCUUUUUAUCUAACUUUAUAUUUUAUUGCAAAUUAUUCAUUUUGCAUUUUUAAAUCGUGAUUCAGUGAAUAGUGAUUUAGUAUCACGACGAAAUAUAUAAUUGCAUUUAGAUUAGAGUGUUUAUUAUGUUAUUGUAUGUAUUUUUUGUGCUAGAAAAUUGAUAUAAAACGUAAGGCAAAAAGUUAAAAGAAACAUUUUUUUAAUUUCGUUAUGCUGAAAAGUGAUCUAUGUCGUAAUAGAUAGCUAUGGCAAAUUUGAACUUUACAAGAAACAUAGGAGGUAACAGCCUCGGUAGAUCAAGUGUGAGUUUUGGAAAUAAUUCGGUUUCUGGUCAUGUUACGCCAGUUUUUGGACAAAGGGUACCAGAAAGAAGAACAAUUUCCACUAUGGGAAACAGUAACCAAAUGGGAAGCAUGAGCUCACUGGGUGGUUAUAGUUCCUUUAACUCUGUUUUUGGAACCGGUGACACGAAUACUCCAUCGCUUUUAGACCUUAGUGAGUUUCCUUCGCUAACAAACCGGAAUUCGGAUGUUCCCCAGCCGAGUCCUAUGCCCAGCGGAAAACCUUACGUGGGUAUGGUGAAACAGCCGACUUCGGAAUCAAGUGAGUUUACGAUGUCGUCCGAAGAUUUUCCGGCAUUGCCGGGUACGCACAACAGAGAGGGGGUGUCGCCUGGAGGAAGCUCUUCAAGCGAUAAAAUCAUCACUGGCAGUGGAGAUGGUGCUAAUCUUACUAGAGAAAGUGAUAAAAAUACCUCCAAGUCAGGAAUCCAAACGUCUCCAGACGGGAGAGUAACGAACAUCCCGGGCAGUAUGGUAAACGAUCAAUUUGGUAUAGUGGGAUUACUGACAUUCAUCAGGGCAGCUGAGACGGAUCCGAAUCUGGUGUCUUUGGCACUGGGUCAAGAUCUUACGGCGCUUGGACUGAAUCUCAACUCACCAGACAACCUGUAUCCCACCUUCGGCGGUCCUUGGGCCGAACACCCUUGCAGACCGCAAGACAUAGACUUUCACGUUCCUCCUGAAUAUCUCAUCAACCAUGCCAUCAGGGAUAAACUUGCUUCCAUGAAGUUAAGUCGGUAUAAAGACGAUCUUUUGUUCUUUAUGUUUUACAACAACAUUGGUGACGUACUUCAGAUUGCAGCAGCUGAUGAAUUAUACAACCGGGAAUGGAGGUACCACACAGAAGAAAAGGUUUGGAUAACGCAAGUACCUGGUAUGGUAUUAAUAGAAAAGACAUCAACGUACGAAAGGGGAACCUACUACUUUUUCGAUGCCCAAAACUGGAGGAAAGUAGCAAAAGAAUUCCAUCUGGAUUACAGCAAACUUGAAGGCCGGCCAACAAGAAACCAGAACAUUCAUAAUAGUUCAUGAAAGUUUUUUCUCGAACUUAACUGGCUAUAAAUAAAUGAAAAGUGUAUACAUUAUAUUGAGUUGUUAGAUUUAAGGAUUAAUAUUUCUGAUAGACAAAUGACAACGGCAUUUUUUUAUCAGGAUUGGAUAAGUAUUAAUUAAUUUGAAAUGAAUUAAAGUUAUAUAUCUAUACAGUUUUCAUUUCAUUUGUAAAUUUAUUGUACAAUAUUGAUAAAUAUUAUAAUUUCAACAUCGUACUUAUAGAUCUCAAUCUGUGAG